AUGGAGAAGAUGGAUGGAUUUCUACGUGCCAAUCUGAGGAGGACACUUCACCUCCAAAUGACCUAUACUCAUGACUUCCUUAACCUGAGCAUUUUAUUUGGAGUUUGGUCCACAAGCAACUCAUUUUAUGGCGAGGGGAUCAUCAUCGGAGUGUUGGAUAUAGGCAUUCACAUGCCCUAUCCUUCUUUUGAUAACACAGGAAUGCCUCCCCGCCCAGCAGGAUGGAACGCAAGUUGUUACCUCCGAACACCUUGUAAUGGUAAAGUCAUUACGGUACAAUCUUUUGAUAUAGCUAAUAGCACCACUCCGCCAAGUGACAUAGAUCAAGGUUACGGCACACAUGUGGCCGACAUUGCAGUAGGCAACUUUGUGGAUAAUGCGGAGGUCCUUAACCAAGCUCUUGGAAGAGCAGCAGGAAUGGCACCAAAAGCAUUUAUAUCAGUGUACAAGGAUGAUGUUGCUGUUGGCACAUUCUCAGCAAUGCAGAAGGGGAUCUUCCCCUACACAGCUGCUUGUAACAAUGGUCUAGACCCAGAGACAUUGGGUCAUGCUGCACCUUGGGAUAUGGUUAUUGGUGCAACAACUACAGAUCGAAGAAUAAGAGCAACUGCGAUACUCGGCAAUGGGACACAACUCCACGGAGAAAGCGCCUACCAACCUAACAUGGUUACUAACCAAUUUUGUCCCCUUGUUUAUCAAGAGAACAUAGAAAAAGGUAAAGUAGUCAGGAAUGCUAGAGGUGCUGGCGUGAUCCUUAUGAAUUUUGACAAGUAUGGGAACACAACAUUUUCAGAUGCUCACCAUCUUCGAGGAGCAUAUGUGAGCUACAAAGAUGCCAUUCAACUUAAAGAUUAA